AUGAUUUCUACAGCAUUGGCGAGGCUACGGCCUGCGAUUGCGCCAAAGGGCGCUUUCAACAGGGCUAUCUACUCUACCAGCCGAAGAAUGUACGCGAGCAAGAGUCAACCCAGCCCAACGUCUCAGUUCUAUCGCACAUUCACACGGCCGAUCGCAAAGACACUUCUUAUCGCUGUUUUCUCAUACCAGCUUGCUUACUGGUCAUGGGUGAAGCUUGAGACAGACGAGAUCCGCGCCGAACGAGAUGCUACUAUCGAGAAAUUGGAAACGACGAUCAAGGAGUACGAUGCUGAAACAAAAGCAAAAAAGGACUAG